AUGUCUGAGAAUCAUGAUGAGUCCUCUAAUGAUUUAAAUCUAGUGGAAAAUGGUAUACAAUUGGCCUUAGAUCCAAAUCUCAUCACAUUGCCGCUUCAUGGAUCCGUUUCAUCGCCGCUGACCAACGCACCUAAUAGUAAUGCUCAAACAUCAGAAAAUGGGAAUCCUGAUCAGAUGGAUGUUGAUUCCGAACCUGCUCAAGGUAAUAAUAACGCAGGCCAAUCAUUGAUAAACAAUCCAUACGGAUUGUUUGGUCAAAUGCCAUUAGAACAUUUAAUUCCCCUUGUGUUACAACAGAAGGGACCUGGAUUCAAAUUUGCAGAUCUUUCAGAAGAUGCACUGGAAGAAGAAAUUGAAAAGGAUAAAUCUGGUGGUGAUGAAGAUGCAAGGCCUGAUUUAAUGGAUGUUGAUCCUUCGGAAAACCAAGUUGAAGAAGUACCGCCAGAGGCAGUUGAAGAAGAUAACCAAGAAACAACCAAGGAUGGCGAAAAGGAAGAGGAAACAAUUACACAGGAGCAAUUCGUAAGGAUGAGAAGAGAAAUGGUAGAACACAUUAAUAUUGCUAUGAAUGAAUCCUCACUAGCUUUAGAAUUUUUAUCGCUUUUACUUUCAUCUGUAAGAGAGUCAGUAGCUCUAAGUUCAAUGUCACCAUUCCUCAAAAAGAUUGUCCCAGUGGCAUCGUUAAAUAGUGAUAGGGUUUCAUCAGAACCGAAAACUGUGGAAGAUCAAUUGACUAUGCAGGUUAUUGAUAGAGGUUGGAAAAUAAGAUGUCUUAACGAAUCCAGGACACUCUUAAAGGAGAACCAUUCGAUGUUGGAAGAAAAACUGAAAAACGAACAUAGGUACUGGAAAAAGAUUUCACAAUACAUUAGUAACAAAGAUGUUAUUUUCAAAUUAAGGGAUAAAAGCACAGGUCUGCGAUCUCUUGGUGUUAAAUACGGAUAUGAAGAUUCUGGAUCCACUUACAGGCUUGAUAGAGGUGUUGCGAUUUUGAAAACAAACCCUGAAACUAAUACAUUAGAAUUGGUACCCAUUACAGGUGAAAACUCGCCAUCACCUCAUAAUGAAAAAUUCAUCAGAAUUCGAAUAUUUACCAAGAUUGAAUUUGAAGAUGAUUACAUUUUAUCGGGGGAGAGUUCAGUCGAUAACGUUUUCCUCAAUAGUGAUUCAUCGGGUAAAAAAGAUCAAGAAGAUAUUAGGAGUCAAAUUGAAAAAUUGAAAGCAUUAAUCUUUGAGCAAGAAUUGAUGUAUCAAUUGAGAAGAGAGUGUGCACAACUAAUCUCAUAUGGUGUCACUAUUGAAAAUGAGAAAAAAGUUGUCAUAGAACUACCGAAUGAAAAAUUUGAGAUCGAACUGGUUUCCUUGGAUGAUGCUUCAGUGGUAAAUCAUGAGCAAGAUGCACCAAAGAUAAACGAUAGAAGGGCUAAUUUGAUGUUAAUCACAGUGAGAAUGCUCCUCGUUGUCAUGUUCAAGAAAAACCUAAGACAAAGACUGACUUCAUCCACCAGAAAUUCACAUUUAAAUGUGGACAAGGAUAUCCUAUUGAUAAGGCCACUACUGGGUAAGAUGAGGCAUCAAAAUUAUAAAUUAUUAUUGAGAAAGAUUUUAAAGACCCAUGUGUUAGAUGUAGUGGAAACUUCAACAUUUUCAGAGACUGUUGUUCAUCCACCAAGGCAUGAGAAUGCUGAUGAUGUCAAUUUGGACAUCCAUAUUGCCAAGUUGAACCAAGAGAUUAGCACUUUUGAUCGACUUCUUACCACAUGUAAAACUCAAUUUGAUGUUAAAUUGGUCAAUGAAGAUAAGCUAUCCCUGACUUUAGAGAGCCCUAACUACUGUAAUUUAGCCGUUAGAGUUCUCUACCAGAAUGCAUCUAAAAAUGUGUCCUUCGAUACCAGAUUUUCGGAGUUCAAAGAAGUGGAAGAAAUCUUACACUUUAUUGUUAACGAGUACAUUAAGAAAACCUGA